AUGAUUUCCAGUUCCCCACAUCAACCAAGGCAAGUCGCUGCCCUUCUUGAAGGCCAAUGCAAGGUCGAUGUGUACGAAGCCACAGGUGGUGCCGUGACUUCCCAGUUCGCAGCACACAACCUUUCGCUCCUGCCACCCAUACCUCCGCAUUCCAUCAUUCACGAUAACGCGUGUGGAGCUGGUACAGUCUCUCGACUCAUUCUCUCCUCAGACGUAAUAUCAGAUCUCAAGAUCCACGCCACAGACAUCGAUCAAGUCUUCCUCGACGCACUUCAAUUCGACGUGCAAAAGAACUCCUGGCCAAUCGAAGUAUCAAACCAGAAGUCUAAGAGCCUGUCGUUCCCAGACAACUACUUCACCCACUCUAUAAACAACAUCGGUAUCUUCUUCACCAGCUCCGCCGGUCUCGUCGGCGCCAAAGAAAUCUACCGCACACUCCAACCCGGCGGCACCGCAGUAGUAAAUUGCUGGGAGGACGUCACCUGGCUCCCACCCUUCGCACUCGUACAUCAAGCCCUCCGUCCAGGCAAACCCUACCGAGCACUGCCUAUACUUUGGAAGGACAGUCAGCAGAUCCAGAAAGUCAUGUUAGAGGUGGGUUUCCCCAGGGAAAACAUGAGGGUAGAGAAGAGCGAGGCUUGGGCGAAGACUAAUGAUUUGAAAGACUGGGCAGAGAAGUCUUGGGCGUAUCUGGGUGGAAUAGGUGGGUGGGUGGAGACAGAUGGGGAAAGAUGGGAGGAGGCGGUUGAGCUUCUGGUGAAGCAUAUAUUGGACCAAGAGGGUACGAAGAGGGUUGGUGAGGAAGUUUGGAUGAGGGCUAGUCAGUGGGUGGUCGUUGCUACGAAGUAA